AUGACUAGUGUACAAAAAGAUCAAUUAUGUAAUGGAGAUGAAUUUCAAGAAACAAUUGGUCAAUUAGGAACGAAUGAAAAUAUGAACAACAAUAACACCACCAAUAGUUCAUUAAAAAGACAUGCAACAAGUGAACGUCCAAGAUAUUCGGACGACGAGGACGCGUCCAACAAUAAUAAUUAUACUACUGGAUGGACCACAGUACCCAAUAACAAACAAAAGAAAAAAUCAAAUGAUAAAGAUGAGAGAGUUGCAACAAACAAUUCAAGAACAUUUACCAACUCAAUACAUCAUCGUGAAAAACAACGAACAACAAUCGCGAAUGAUAAUAAUCAAAAUCAACAUAGAAUAAAUUAUAACAAUAUCAAAAUAUCAAAUUACGAAUUGAGCUAUGCAGCUGAAUACCAUUACUCUCCAUUUAAAUUAGAAUGUGAACCAAAAUUAAAUGAUAAAAAAGAAGGUGCAAAAUUAGUAAAUGAAUUAUUGAAUUAUAUUAGAAAUGAUUUUAAACGUGAAAACCCUUCUUUCUCAAAACCAAUAUUAGUAGAUUUGUGGUGGUUUGAUUUAGAAGGCAAUCUUCAAAUGAUAAUUAAAUCAACCGAGUUAUACGUUUACUUAUGUAAAAAAGAAAGAUAUCCAAGUGAAUUAAACAACAUAAAAAUAAAUCCAAUUCCUCCAGCACAUUUACCACCACAGCAUACGAUAAUUUUGAAAUGGAUCAAGCAUUCAAUCUCAGACCAAGAUAUUAAAGAAGAAUUAAAUAUCAACUAUAAAAGUCUACGUUCAAUCACAACAAUGAAUGGAACACGAAAUGAUAGAACAAGACAUGUUAAAAUUGAAUUGUUAGAUAAAAAGGACUAUGAAUUAUUAUUAAAUAACAGGAAAAUCAAUUUGAUGGGCCAAUUAUACGAGAUUGACGAAUUUCUUCCAGCACCAAAGAUCCUGAUAUGUGGACGAUGUAAUCAACCAGGUCACAUAAAAAAGACUUGUACAAAUUCAACAUUUGAUAUUUGCAGAAGAUGUGGUGGUGAACGUACAAAUGCUGAAGAACACAAAGAAUGCCACAUAAAAUGUCAUCACUGUGGAGCAGAUCAUAUUUCAACGGACUACAAAUGUCCAACGUUAGAUGACUACAGGAGGCAAUUAAUCCACGAAUUGAAAAAACAUCCAGAAAAACUCCCUCAUCACAUUCAACUCUUUAUCCCAUCGGAAUAUAGAAAUCAAAAUGAUAAAAUCAAAAUAAUUCAAAAUAAAACAACGCACCAAAAUUAUCAACAACAGCAACAAUAUUACAAUAAAAAUGAUCAGAACCAAUGGCCCUUACUUACUCAAUCUCCAACAACAAGAACAAUAGAAAUAAAUCAAAGUUUAAACGAAACAAUUAAAGCACUCAGCGACGAGUUGCAUCAACUGAAAUGCAGGUACAAAGAAGAUCAACAACAAAUAAAAGAAAAAUACAAAGAACAUAUUAAUUCAAUUAACCAAACGUGCAUGAUCAUACAACAACAGCAACAAACACAACAACAAAUUAUCACAACAAUGACAAAUAGUAUAAAACAAAUGAUAUUCAUUACAGGCAUGAAAACAACAUCAGCUGUGUCCAAUGUUAUAAAUAAAAUGAAAAUGAAAACGAACUGUAAUGAUUACGAUGAAGAUAUUCAACAACUAGCAAGACAAACCGAAUUUAUAAAAGAAAUGGAUUCUUCAUUCUCCAUUCACAUUAAUUCAUUAGAACAACUAGCCGACAAACAAAAUGAAGCAUUAAAUAAAGCAUUAGACAAUUUAUUCAAUGAUCUUAAUGUUUAG